AUGGGCAGCUACCUGGGCAGGCCGGGGUCCCCGCCCGCGUCCCCGGCCCGGGCGCGCGCCCCCGAGCGGCCGCCGCUCCCCCGGCCGGCACCGCCCCUGCGGCAAGUGCAGCGGGUCCAGCUGGUCCACCGCGCCCACCCCGCGCCGCGCCACCGGCCGGCCCGCAGGCCGCCCUGCUGGGGUCCCGGCGGCCCCGCGGCGGGCGGCGUCAGCGAGGCCUGGAGGCGCUUCCCCAUGAAGAGGCCGCUCAACGCCAUCGUGGGGCCGCUGCCGUCAGACUGGUGGGAGAGCUACUUCACGCGCAGCGUCUGGUCCCUCCGGCACCCGCGGGCGCCGUGGAGCCCGGUGACCGUCAGGAUCGCGGCCCCCGAGCCCAGGGGGCCUCCCUCCGCUCGGCCCGUACACGCGAUCCACUCCGCGGGGCCUUCGCCCUCCGAGAAGCCCCUGGACCCCUGUGCAAAGGAGACGGUGCUGCGGGCGCUGCGGGGGCGCACGAAAGGGACAGCGAGGUGGGAAGAGCUUCCGUGUCCCGGGGGCUUGCAGGGCGCGACACGGAGUCCCGACCCCUGGCCGUCCGCGUUUCGGCCCCUGGCGGGAAACGGGGUCCUCACGUCUUUCGUGCCCCGGCCCGGGCCAGUGAAGAGGAGCCGGGACCCCCGGGGCUCGGACCUCAGCGGGAGCCCCGCGGCCCGCGCGCCCUGGUGGGGCCCCCCGCGCUCCGGGAGGAACGCCAUCAGCAGUUCGUACAGCUCGUCCAGCGAGCUCUGCGAGGCCUGGAAGAGAAGGGCUCCGGGGGCGUCCCUGCACACCCCAGAAUGGCCAGUGAGAAAGAAAGGAAAGGGUCACCAGUCUCGGUCUCCAGGGCCCCCGCCACCAGCCAAGUCCCAGGGUCAGGAGACCCCGCUGUCCCCGAGUCCGCCUCCCCCGCUCGGCGCUGCAGACCCUGGAGACGACCCGGCCUCGCGGCAGAAAGUCGGGCUCGGGCGGAGCAACGAAGCCGGAGAGCAUGCGCCCGCGGUCCCCGCGCGCCGUGUCCCCGCGCCGUGGUCCGCCAUCCAGCCUUCGGCGUCUCCCGGCCAGCCGUCUGCGGGCGCAGCUCGAUCCCCGGACACGGACCCGCAGUUGGGAAGCUUGGCGGAAACGCGGGAGCCUCCGCCGGCCUCGCCGCCGGCCGCGGGCCGGGCGGUCCCCGCAGCGCGCUCCCUCCCGACGGAACUGGGCGCGCGCUCCCGCGGCGUCUCCGGGUCAGAGCCCCGCCCCGGCACCUCUGAUCCCAGGUCCACAGCCGCUGCUCCCGCCCCAGCACCGGCCACUGACACCACGAGGCCGCCCUCCGCAGCUCAGGCUGGCGGGACCCCCACGCCUCGUGAGCCUCCUGCGGUCACCCCUGCACCACUCACCGUGCAAAGCGUGUCCUCUGGAAUGAGCGGCGGGGCUCCCCUCCUCCCUGUAUCUGCGCCUCCUGGGGCCGCUCCUGCUGACCCCACGCCACACCCCAUUUUGGAGCUCCCACCCAGGGCUGAGAUUGGAGACUCCUUACAGUCCAGAAUUUCAGCCACAGUUUCAGCUUGCUCACCCCCCGGGCUCUUGACUCCCACCUUCAAGCCUAUCUUUGGCAGCCGAGGAGCCCUGAACACCGAGCCCAGGGUAGCUCCUUUCUCCUCUGAGCAGACCCAUGCCCCAGCUACCCCUGCUGCCCCCCAUCUCCUCCACAGCCUGGUCAAGGCUACGGCCGUGGUCAUGUCCACCACCCCCGCCUCCACUUCGGACUCUUCUUUGGUGCCACCUGUGGAUUUCGGUGCCGUGAGCGUCAGCGGCACCGUGGGCCACCCUUACCCCACCCCUGCUUCCUGCCACACGCUGCUUCUCCGGGCCUCCUGUACCUGCAGGGCCGGUCUCUCCCAGGCCGCAAGCUCCACCUUCCCUGCCCACCCGCGUGCUGCCCUCCCGACCGUCCACACAGUCACCAUCUUCAGCCAGCUUCUCUCCAGCGCUGUCCAGAUAUCACCUAGUAAAAGCACUGCCAGUGUGGGCGGCACGGGCAGCCCUCUGCCAGCCUCGGCCUCGGCAGCCAGGAGCCAGCCUGCGUUAACAUCCUGCAUCUGCGGCGUGAGCUCGACACCCCCAGCACCCUCUGGGUCAGGCUCAAGGCCACCUUUCCCCCCCUCCCCAGGAGCCCCUCUCCAGCUGGCACCUGGGCCUACAGAUGGGCAGAAGCAGGGCGCCCCCCAACCGCCCCUUGGCCCAAGGUUCAGUAGGUCUUUCAGUUUGGGGAAGUCAGCACUGGCAUCCCCGAUCCCAGCCCCCACCCCAGCCGGGCCAGCCUUCAGCAAGCCCGCGCAGUCCACCUCUGGGGGCCUGGCACCCUCCGCCUCCGCCUGCCACGUCCCCUCUGGCCCCCCUGGCAUCUUGCCAAACUUUGGCAGCGUCCCAGCAGGGGUUCCCAUGGGCCAAGCUGGCGCCACUGGCUUUGGAGCCGCCACCCAGGCCCACGCGAGCGGGGCUCGUGGCUCAGUGUUCGGCAGCACAGCCCCGCGGCCUUUUGCCUUUGGGGGGUUAGUGACCCCUAUGGAUUGUGGGGAGCCCGGGGUCAGUGCGACGGCCCCGGACAUGCACUCCAGCUCUGGGGCAUUCGGCACCAGACAGCUGCCAAGUGGGACCACGGGCACCGUCUCGCCCUUUGGAAAAGGCUGGAGCCGGAAUGCGCAGGGCGUGGCGGGCCCGAGCCUGCCUUUCGUCUUGGGCACGACCAACAGCUCCUCAAGGAAGACCAUGUCUGGGGGCCACGCCAGGGCCCAGGGCUUUGCUCAGAGCACCCGUGUCCCCAGGCCAGUUAAGAGAAGCAGCGGCCUUGGCCCUGGGAUGCCCUCUCUGCCUGCGCAGGGUUCUGUUGGGAGAGGGCUUUUCAGACCAUCGGCCUCUUCCUUUUCCAUUGGAGCAAAAUCAAAAACCCCCAGGACUCGGGAACAAGGCCAUUCCCGAAGGCAUCAUGCCCACAAGAAAUAACCCGUGUCCCCUCUCGCCCGGUCUGGGCCUCAGUAUCGUGAAGAGCCUCAGUGCCUUCCAAUUCUCUAACACAAACAUAGCCCAGAUUUAAGGUAGAGCUUCGCAUAUUCACCUCGUGGGUCCUAAUCCAUCGUCUAGAAAGCGGAGGACCAAGGUACCUAAUGGUAACAGCGGAAUGAAACUGGGUAGAACCAAACCUCUGGAGUUGAAGCAACUCGCCUUCUUGCCCACUCCUCUCCGUGAGGUGUGAGCACAGUCAGGACACCGCCGCUUGCUUUCUCCUUGGGAAAAGACCUGCUGGGAAGGUGGCGAGCACAGCCCACACGCUCUGGCAUCCUGAGGGGGGGGAACAGAUUCUCUCUAAGCCACAGCCUUUUACUUGGCCUAAGAAAUGGUUCCCUUUCUCUUGCGCCCUAGGAAUUUCUGCGCUGACUUCUCACUGCUUUGUUCUUCAGUGAGUUCCCGGAGGAGCUUUUGAGAUCAUUUGGCCUUAAAUCAAAUUUGGUGAAAUCUGACCUAAUUUUCCUUGACUGAUCAACCCUCAAGGGCGCCGAGAUAGGCUACUCUCGCUGGGUCCCUUCCUGCCACCAAGCCCCUUCAGUCUCUUCCGGGAGAGAUCGGGCCCUAGCCCAUCCUUUUCUCUGCCCAUUUGGACCCUGAGAGCUUGGGAAGUCAAGACUCAGUCCGUCCGUCCGUCCGUCCGAUCUCCGCGGUCACUCCUCCUUCCAGGAGAGGAAGGCCCUUGGCCAGUGUCCCACGAGGCUCGGAUCUGUGCAGGGACGUGCUCUCGUCACCUCGCCCGGCACUACCGUGCAGGUCACACUUCAGGCUGAGCCUGGACGCGGAAUGG